UUGAACUUUCGUUGCUCGAUUCUGCUGGUUCAGAAGAGGGGGGAAAAAGGUUUUGUAAUAAUAGAAAACAUACUGACGGCUGUUGUAAUGGUGGACGUUUGUUUACUUCCGAUCCUCUUCAUUUUCUUCUGACUGAAUGCAGUUAUCUGAAUGAAAAAUAGUUGCAUGUUGCAUAGAUGAAAAGUGCGAGUGUGUUUUCAGAUAAAAUUCGCACCAUUUUCGGUUUUUCCUCAAUGACAUUGGAUUCAUUCCGUAUUUCCCGUUGUAACCCCUUUUAAAGGACUAGUUUUCCUAUGAAAAUAUCGGAUUGUGAGUGUGUGUAUUUAUGUGAUGUAUCUUAUUUUUAAAUGCCAAUGUUCCAAUUAAAGACUUGAAGUGUUCUGUGCAGUGGUUUAACAAAUUCAAAGCUAUGGAAACUCAUCAUAUUGAGAGGGAGAAUGGAGCCCUUGGCGGCCUUUUCCACCAAAUUAUACAGGAUAUGAAGAAUGGGAUGCCGUUAUGGGAAGACCUGAUAGCCAAAGCCACAAAAUUGCAUUCUUCGCUCAAGGCAACUAUCUUGGCAGUCACAGCCUACUUGGAGGCGUUCCAGAAGAUCGCAGAUUCGGCUACGAACGCAAGGGGUGCCACGAGAGAAAUUGGAACUGCCCUAACAAGAAUUUGCCUUAGACACAAAGCAGUAGAAGCAAGGAUGAAGACAUUCACAAGCACCAUCAUGGACUGUCUGGUGUUUCCGUUGCAAGAGAAACUGGAGGAAUGGAAGAAGACUGUGAUGAACCUGGAUCGAGAUCAUGCCAAAGAUUAUAAGAGAGCCAGAAACGAGCUCAAGAAACGGUCCACAGACACGCUCAGAUUGCAGAAGAAGAUGAGAAAAGGAGCUGGAGGUGAUUUGCAGAAGAGAAUAGAGUGCGGCUUGCAGGACGUUACAGAAAGGAGGCAAAUGUUGGAGGAGACUGAAAAACACGCCGUCAGGGCGGCACUGUUGGAGGAGAGGAGCCGUUUUUGCACUUUCGUCGGGUUUUUGAAACCAGUUGUGGAUGAAGAGGUGGCCAUGCUAACAGAGAUGUCCCAUCUCCAAGAAGCUGUCCAGCAGCUCGAGAAGCACACCACGGAUCCUCAGACUCUACCGCCUGCCUCCGAACAGGUGAUCGCAGACCUGAAGAGUUCGGAUAGCGGUUGGUCAUUUCAGACGCCUCCGUCUUCGCCGUCCAGCCUUGGUUCCAGAAAGUCCUCAAUGUGCUCCAUAAGUUCCCUGAAUAGUUCCUCCUCGGGCAGUUCGAAGAGUCACCACUCUCCCAGCCAUCCGCACUGGUCGAGAUCCUUGUCUCAGCCUGUAGGACGUAGUGGUACUAUUAGAUAUAUGUCUGUGUCGAGUCAAGAUUCUGGUUUUACUUCUCAAGAUACACUUUAUCCAAGACCACCCUCUUCCUUUAGCGUGGCACAGGUCUCGAAUAUGUGUGAACACAGUGGAAACAGCAGCAGUUCCAGUACUCCUUGUACUCCUUUUCCUGCUUCGAGCAUACCAAACAAUACGUGGCCAAAUCUUCAAGAAAGUAUACAAUUCGAAAGGGCAGCAUCGGCCAUUAUAAACGAUAGACCACAUACUAUUUCUUCAGCCUAUGAAAAGGGUCACCAAAGAAGUCCGUUGACAGUUUACACAUUCCAAGCUCCCGAGCAAAGUCUAUCGCAACCUUCGAGUCCGGUUGCUGCUAAUGCGCCUAAUACAACAAAAACAGCGCCACCAAAGAGUCCUGCACCAUCAACAAAAUCGCUACUUAGCAAACCACCUCUGCCCACACGUUGUUCUUCCUUGGAAAGGAAUGGUCCCAAUGUUCCUGCUAAAAACAUUGCUGGAAUGCAUGGCAUUCGAGUUCUUCCUCCAACAACUGUGGAUCAGGCAUUGAUGAAAAAACCUUCGGCGCUCCCAGCUCACUUGGCUAAGAAUUGUCCUCAACCAACGUAUGUAAAUAUGCACGAUUUAGCCAAUAUGGCUGCUAAUAAAUCUCAGGAACUGAAUUUACCUCCACCCCCUGCAGAGUUUACUAUGCCCAGCACUGAAAAUCAGAAGAUGCCAAAUGAAGGUGAGAAGGAAAGUAGUACAAGUGAGAGUUCUUUAGAGUCGUCAAGUGGUUAUGGAAGUCAAACCACCUUCAAUGUUGAUGAUGUAGUGCAAACUGCAGAAGAUGUUAGUGAUACCGCUAGCAAGUAUUGCACCCUGCCUCGAAACUCUGAUCUACAUAAUGGUGUACGUAGGAGGCCAGUCUCCAUGACAGCAGUGUACUCGACUGGUACGAUUAGGAAUAACCUACUCAGAAGGGGAUCUGUCCAGGCCAAUAAGCCCCUACCACCCAUCAGACGUACAUCCUCCAUCACUAGUACAUCUGGAUUGGGGCAAAAUUCGAACAUGGGUAGUUUGGAAAACCUUCCACCGCCUCCUGCUUUUCUAUUGGAACCGAAUACUUGUCAGAACGCCAACCAGGUCAAACAAAAUAUUGGUGUCAAUGUUGCGGAAACAGUUAAGGCCCUUACGGAGUUGAAACAUACGCCUGCCAGUCCCAACGCCAUCCGUAGAACCUCCUCUCAGAAUAUUUACCAGAAUCAGAAUGCCAAUCAGCCACAGGGUCCGAUGUUGAGCACUUUUCAGAACAAAGUGUCGUACUUGUCUCAAUCGGGUGGCGUUGUUUACGCACAACCGUCCCAAAUCUUAAGCGGCAGUCCCACUGCCAUACGAAGAUACAAUAAUAUGAGAUCGCAGAGUGCAGACAGGAAAUCCGAUGGUCCUGGAGGUGUGGGUUCUAAUUUUAUUGCCUCGCUUAGUGCUAAAUUGGCACCAACUCUGAGCCCAAGGAGCUCCAGGAGGAAUUCUGAGGAUGUGGUCAUGAGAACGAAUACAGCAAAUAAAAUAUAUGAGAGAGGUCCUGGUCAAAAUUUCUUAGAUUCUCUGAAUGCCAAAUUAGCUCAACAGCAUAUCAAUAGUUCUCCUCAAUUAAAGGCGAAUAAGAUACGACAAUUCUUCAACAGUAAAGCUCAGUUCUCAGAUUUGUAUUACUCUUAAAAGUGGCAAAUCUUUACUUCAUCUAUAUAGCCUGAUCCUCGAACAUGCCACGAGUCUUUGAUGGAUCAAAUUAAAAGAGGAGCACCUUUAAAACGAGCCAAAAUCAUAAACGACAGAUCAGCACCGAAAAUAUACUAGAGAAAAGUUGAUAAAAUAGAAUCAAAUUGAAAUAGUUCGUCCCGAAAAAAUGCGUAACAUUAUAAUACAAAAUUUCACUAUUCAAAUUGUCAAUUUGAUGGAAAGUUUCCUGAACAUUUUGCAUCGAAACGUUUUUUUUUUUUUGGAGGAACAGUUUUCAUGUUAGUUCAAUUACAUCUCGAGUUGUUAUAGAAACAGAAAUUCCUGUUGCGUCCAGUUAUCUAUAAAAAAAUUGUAAGGACUGAAAUAUUUUUGUAUACUUCUUGAUGGGACAACAGCUGUGUAGAAGAGAUAUUCAAUGUUGAGAUAUAUAAGGCACAAAAAGUGUUUUGUCCGGAAAAAACAUGAUAUUCGUUGUGUGUUCUACAGUAGAAUGCAUUGUCAUAACAUUUUCAUGUUUGUUAAUAUAGUUAAGAUUUAAUAAUGAGAAAACGUUAUUUCUCUAACAAUUUCAUCAUAGGCCUGAUGUAAUAUGCAUCUUAUUUCAUUUAAAUGGUAAUACAUAUACUGAAAUAAGGAAAGUCAUUGAUCUUAUUUUAAUUCAUGAUAAUAAAAUCAUGACCAAAUAGAUGCACUGUUACAAGAAAAUAUUCAGUACUGGCUUUCUCCAUAGAAUGAUAUCAAAUGAAUUCAAAGAAUAAUUGAGAAAUUAUCAGACCUGUAAUAGACUGAAAAUCUUCCAUUAUAUUGGACCCUUUCAUAUCAAACAUCGUUAUUAACUUAUAUAUAUCUUCCACAGUAUAUCUAGGGUUUUUGUUCUGUUAUAAUAUAUUAAUGUUUUAAUGAAGAGUGUGUAUACAUUUCAGCUAUUUGAAAAUGUUCUUGUACCUAAAACUCAAUUAAAUGGAAGUCUGUAUGUUAACUUGUAUAUAACUCAAAUAUUUUAUUAUCAUUCUUUAAUUCUUGUGAAAAUAUUUAAGAUUCAUUAUAGUUCUAAGUUUUAUUUUCUAAAGUGAUAUGAAAAUUACUUAAAACAUAAUUUAGUACUGGAUGGUUCAAGCAAUGAAAGCUUUACUUUGUAUUCAUGUAUUAAUAUAUAAUAAAUUUGUGGAGUUGAAAAAUUUA